AUAAAAAACUUGACAUGCAUUUUAAGUGAGUAGCAAAUCAUUUUUUCCGGAAUUGUAUGUAUAUCAUAUGAACUUAAAUUAUGUGUAGUAUCAAUAUAAAUAUUUUAUAUAAAAUGAGAGAUAUAAACUAGAAACAUAAGGUUAAUUAUACAUAUGUUCGGUUAUUUUCGGAUAUCCAUUCGGGUUCGGGUAUUAUCCGUUUGGGUUCGGGUAUCCAGUCUCUCUUUAUUCAAUACCCGUUCGGGUAUUUUGCUACUUCGGUUCGGAUUUCGGUUCGGUUUUUUCGGAUCGGGUUCGGGUGCCACUUCGGAUAUCGGGUAACGUGCCCACCCCUAGUUGAUGCUUCUGAGGUUUGUAAUCUGACUUUAUAUGUAAUAAAUCUAAGUGUUCUUUAUAGUAAUCAAAUUUUCUGUAGUGACUGGUAAUAGUAAGAUUGAACCUCCUUUGAACACACUAGAACCAAUCAAUAAAACAAUACUUCUUACUAGAUUGAACCAAUCCAGCUAAGUUAUCAGUUCUUGGCUGUCUCUUAGAAACUCACCCUUUUUCAGCAUUCAAAAUUUCAAGCUGUUUCUUGUCCUUUAUGGUGGUGUUUCUCAGUGUACUUGUUUGUCCGAUUCAUUCAGUGUAAAUAGUGAGAAAAAACUUAUCUGUUUCUCCAGGACUGUCCUCUAUAUUCUCUCAUUCAUCGCCUUUCAAGUUGUUCAACUUUUUUCCUCCAAACUUAUUACUUCACUUUUUAUUCUUUCUUAUCACACCGUGGGACAAAAACACAAAGUGGAAUAGUACACGAUGUGAAAUUUACAUGUCACAUAACCACUACCUCUUGGAUGUAAUUGAUUUUGAAGUCUAGAAACCAUAGACCUAUGAAAAUAAUUGAGAAAUAGAGUUUGCUUAUAUCAUUAGCACCACACAACACAACCCAAUGGUAGUAUGUAUAUCAGUAAAAUAUUAAAAUGACUCCUCCCAUUGUCUAUAAAUUGAAGCAUCUCCUCCUUUCAUAUUCCAACAAAACCACACCAACGUCUCUCUCUCUCUCUCAAAAGCUUUCCCUCCCAAAUCUCAAGAACUUCAAAAAAAGUCAGUUUCCUCUGUUUCUACAAAACAGAACAAAGAAAGAGAUGAAGAUGAGUGAUUACUGGACGACAAUGGCUUCUCUAGUCGGCAUGUUAGCCUUCUGCCAAACAAUCCUCCAGCUCGUGUUCCCACCCGAGCUCCGUCUCGCCCUCAUCCACCUCCUGACACGUAUGCGCCACGUGUUCUCCUCCCACACCUACUUCGACAUAACGGAGAUAGACGGCGUCAACACCAACGAGCUCUACAACGCCGUCAGCCUCUACCUCAGCUCCUCCGUCACCGUCAACGGCGCCGUAUCAUCCACCAGCAACAACACGCGCCUCAGCCUCACGCGCGUCCCCAACUCGAGCUCCGUCACCUUCGGCCUCUCGAACAACGACAGGAUCACCGACGUCUUCAACGGCGUCACGGUCCUCUGGGAGCACGUCGUCGUCCAGCGCCAGGUCCAGAGCUUCUCGUGGCGGCCAAUGCCGGAGGAGAAGCGAGGCUUCACGCUGCAGAUCAGCAAGAGAGACAAAGCCCUCGUCCUGGACUCUUACCUCGACCACAUCGUCGGAAAAGCGGAGGAGAUUCGCCGGAGGAACGAGGAGAGGCUCCUCUACACUAACUCGAGAGGCGUCUCGUUGGAUUCAAGGACCCACCCGUGGGACUCGGUGAGGUUCAAGCACCCGAGCACGUUCGAGACGCUGGCCAUGGACCCGGAGAGGAAGAAACGGAUCAUGGAGGAUCUGAGAGAGUUCGCGAACGGACAAGGGUUUUAUCAGAAGACAGGGAGGGCGUGGAAGAGAGGGUACUUGCUGUACGGACCGCCGGGGACAGGGAAGUCAAGUUUGAUCGCUGCGAUGGCUAACUAUCUCGGGUAUGAUAUCUAUGAUCUUGAGCUCACUGAGGUUCAGAAUAACUCGGAGUUGAGGAAGCUGUUGAUGAAGACUAGCUCUAAGUCGAUAAUUGUUAUAGAAGAUAUCGACUGUUCUAUUAGUCUGACGAAGAGAGAGAAGGUUAAGAGGAAGAAUAAUAAUAACGGAUGUUAUGACCCGGAUUUGACUAACGGGUCGGGUUUGAUGGACGAGCCGGGUAGCUCGGUGACUUUGUCUGGGCUUUUGAAUUUUACUGAUGGGCUUUGGUCUUGUUGUGGGAGCGAGAGGAUCUUUGUGUUUACUACUAAUCAUAUUGAGAAGUUGGACUCGGCUUUGUUGAGGAGUGGGAGGAUGGAUAUGCAUAUUCACAUGGGGUUUUGUAGGUUUCAAGCGUUGAAGAUUCUGUUGAAGAAUUAUCUGAGGAUGGAGGAAGGUGAGGUGGAUGGUGUUGUUUUGAAGGAGAUGGAGGAGUGUGUGGAGGAGGCGGAGAUUACUCCGGCUGAUGUUAGUGAGGUGUUGAUUAGGAACAGGAGCGAUGCGGAGAAGGCGGUGAGGGAGCUGUUGUGUGUGUUGAAGGAGAGGGUUGUGAGGAGGAGGAAGAGUGGUGGGGUUAAGAAGAAGAAAGAGGAAGGAGAACAUGAAGAUGAAGAAGCAGAGGAGGAACAAGAGAAGAGAGCUUUGGAUAGUCCCAAUGGAAACAGAGAGUUCUUUGGGUUUGAAGAUGAAAAAGAUGGAGAUGAAGAUGCAGACAAGUGAAGGUAAGUGACUGUAGUAGUCACUGUAGGUCUUUGUAAUGGUUCAUGUGUUUUUUCAUUAAGGUUGAUAUUUGUUCUGUUUUAUUGGUUCACUCAAAAAUAUUAUAAUCAUUAUGAUUGUUAUAAUCAUAUAAUAUAAGGUUUUAUCCAUUUUUGCUAUAA